AUGCAUUCUUUAUUGGGUGAUAGACUUCUUUUAGUGAUAGUGUCAUUAAUUUAUUUUCUCAAUUCUGUUGCUACACAAGAUGGCAGCAUAACUAUACCAUUAAAUAGCUCAAUAACAUAUGACAACAGGGAAAUAUACGGAGGUUUUAUUACAUUAAAUGGCAUAUCAAGAGUUACAAUUAAUUUUACUGAUGUCAAUAAGAACCUUACGUUUAUAGUUUUCCAAGCCCACAGUCACAUAAAUAAUAUCACCCUGUAUACAAGUGACGAGGAACAAGGCAAUCAGACUGUUAUAGGCACUAAUCUUGGUUUAGUGAGUUAUUUAAGUCCUGUAAACACAUUUAUUGUAUCAAAUUUUAAUAACAAUGUCACUGUUCGUGUUUAUAUUUCCGUCCAUGGAUAUUUCAAAAUGGAACCUAUCCCGGGUGGAUGCAACAUGGAGUUCCCAAUACCAGUGACUCCUUAUCUGAAUGUAAUGACAUACAGCGACUAUAUUUUUGUGGACGCAGCACCACCAUCAGUAGACCCUGAGUGCUCAAUUACAAUGCAAGCGAACAUGUCUUUUUACAUGAUGUAUCUACCCGAAAUGAAUUUCUACGCUGAUGUCUACUUUGAUGGCAUCAGGAAGAUGAUGAGCCUCAAGAAUAUUAAGAAAUAUGGUUACCGAAUUCCGAAAAGUUCCUGGCCGGAGACGCGCCGUAUGUUGAGUGCUUACCCUGGCACUGGUGCAAUAUACACAGUAGUAGCGACAAGGGUUGAUAAUACCUCAGAAUACUCUAUCUACGUACCAAGCUAUAGUUACGGUUGCAAUGACGUAAAUGAUUAUGGCUGCGAAAUGAUUGAUGACUGGCUAUCCCAACUACUGUGUGCUAUAUUAAUGUUUGUUGGAGUUUUUAUAUGUUUCUUUGGACAUCGUUUCUUCAAGACCGAAAUGUUUUUCGCCGGAUUCUUUACCGGCGUCAUCAUAACUUAUAUUUUAAUAGCUCUAAUUACCGUAGUUGAUAAACCAGCAUUAUUAGCCGCUGCAACGAUUUCUGGUGUGUUCUUCGGAGGGAUAUGGUGGCUGUUCUGGUGGUUAUACGGCAUACCUGUACUCGCAGUACUGUUACCGUCUUUGAACCUUGGAUUCUUGCUUGCUUCGAUAUUCUAUUAUAGACUUCCAGGUCACCAAAUAUUCCUGGAAUUGGACUUCAAUUUCUGGAGUCUUUUCGUCCUGGUGGUGAUGCUGACGGCUCUAGCAGUCGUCUCCGUGUCUUAUGCGGCUAACAUUCUGUGCUGUGCCGUCAUCGGCGCGUACGCAACAGUGUUAGCCAUGGAUUACUACAUGGGAUCGAACUUGAAGUUCAUUAUUAUAAAUGUGAUUAGAAGAGCUGUUGUUCCACACUUUAAUAAGGCAAUUUUAGCACCGCCUUUGGAUUGGAAAGACAUAUCAAUGGCGUCGAUAUGGAUAGUUUUAGCUGGUCUAGGUUUCUUCUUCCAGCAUUGGCACAACCGUGGUAGACCCCCGUUCCCACCCCCUACGAGGCUGGUCAGACCCAGCAUGGCUGAACCUACUAUGUAUGGUGCCAUCAGUAACUAUUUCCGCCGCCCAGAACAACAACCUGGAGAAGGUUAUGCUACGCCUGUUGCAAGAGUUCAGAACGAAAGAACAGCCCUACUGUCUUAG